GGAAGCCGUGCCGUCAUCGAGGUCCUGGUGAGUCGGUGUGCGCGUUGCCCACUGGAUUAGGGCGCUCUCCACAAUAGUACCAGUGGUUAUAAACCUACUCGCAGUGCUGAACCAUCCUCAUUGCUCAGUCCCAGUAUCAUCUACCGUCAUCCAUGCAUCCUUCACAGAUAGAGAGGAAAAUCGUUCGCUUUCGAAUCCUCAUCAUAGGAAGAGCGAACGCAGGAAAAACCACCAUCCUAAAGAGGGUUUGCAAUACCAAAGAGAACCCAGAGAUAUUUAAUAGUGCUGGGGAAAAGAUAGACGUCGUUUUGAAGGAAUCCAGAGGGCGUGGAGAGCACGACAUCGAGGACGAAAUGGUGUUUCGAAAAAACCGAGGCUUCGUCUUUCACGAUUCACGUGGUUUUGAAGCAGGCGGCGAAUCCGAGUACGACAAGGUGAAUGCAUUUAUUGCAGCCCGUUCGAAGAAAGGAAACAUGAAGGAUCGUAUUCACACAAUUUGGUACUGUAUCCCAAUGGACCAAGCAAGCAGGGCGUUCACCGAAGCCGAACUCAAAUUUUUCUCCCACUGUGAUACCGGAAGCAUCCCGGUAAUCGUAAUAUUUACGAAAUUCGACGCCCUUUACGACGUUGAAUUCGCGCGACUAAGGAAGGAAGGAAAGACGAGGAAGGAAGCCAAGAAACUGGCUCCGAAGCACGCCGAGGAGACAUUUGCGAACUGGUCGCAAUUGGAGUUUCUAUACCAUUCCAAGGACAUUCGACGGCCACCAAAAUGCCAUGUAUGCCUCCCUGACAUGAACGAGGAUGAUGCAGACUGUGGACUACUCAUCAAGCGCACGGCUGAAACUCUGGACAGUGAAGUGCUUCAGCAAUUGUUCGUCUCAACUCAGCAAACCAACUUGGAGAUCUGCAUGAAAUAUGCAGUAGUACUCGCACUUGAAGGUUUUGUUGUCUCUCAUGAGAAAAUCCCACCUAAGAAUGCAAUAUUGAGGUUGGGUAGCUGGUUUCCACAUAUUUUGGGAGUACGUCCGUUAAUCCUCGUCGGAGCUCGAGCCAUGCUGAUCCAAGCCAUUGACCACUAUUCGCAGUAUGUGAGUGGUGUGAGUGUCUUGAUCCUCGUUUGAUCUCGAGCCAUGCUGAUCGAAGCCAUUGCCCACUGUUCGCAGUAUGUGAGUGCUGUA